GAAAGUGGGUUUAAAGCGAAGUGUCAGUAUUUUUUUCAAUAGCAUAAAUUUCUUGCGUGAUAAGGAAUGAAAAAAAUAAAACUUUUAUAAAUCUUAGUGAAUUAGUGAAUUAAAUGAUGAACUCUAAUUUCUGUUAAAUUUGGUACAAUAAAAGUAGUUGUUAUAAAAAAUUCACUAGUUAUAUAGGUAGAUAUGCAAGGAAGAGGAGGAAUUGCUGAAAUCCCAAGUACCGUUCAUUUCUUUAAGAGAAAUUCUGCACAAUCCAAAAGUUCCCACGAGUUACAACCAGAAACCCAUUAUAGUUCAAAAGAAUUACAACAAUGUGCGCCUUUAUUUCGGGAGCGGAAAACCCAGGAUAGUAUAAACAUUUGUGUAAUAAGUGGUGAUGGCGACAUAAAGCAUAUUCAAAUAAGUGAUACAGAAAGUGAAUUUGCUGGAUUUGGCUCCCUUACCAAUUCAAGUGAUAGCAGCUUAGAUAGGCAAAGAGAAUUCAAAAAAAGUUUCCCAAAAAUUUCGGUGAAAAAAAAAACAAUUGAGUCAGGGCGUUUGAAUAUGAAGGAAAAGAUCAUUCAGCAAAAAGAACAUUCGUCCCUGAAAUCCAUUUAUCAUUCUGAAUCAAUGGAACUAGAGAUUGGACUAAAUCCCGCGCCUGAUAAACAUAAAAAUAUAAUAAAUGGGAAAGAAGUGGGCUCGUGGGAUGCAUUUUGAGAGUCCUUGGUCCACAUAUCUACUGCUGUGAUGUGUGUGGGGUGAUAUAAUCUUAUCUAUGAUAUGUUGAACAUCGCUGUUUAUAAUAUGAUUAAUCAUCGAUCAUUAAAUCGAAAUAAAACUUAACAUUAUUGCUAUGUUUCUAAUGCUGUAAUUUUUCAUGAAUAUGCAUUGGUGGCAUCAUACGCAUCCCACCGGUUGUUACUUUUUGGUACCUAAUUCAUAAAUAUGAUCUCGUACCAAAACCUGUGGAUGAAAUUGUUGAAAUCUGCUCAAAGUCGACAACUAGUUCGGAGGCAUAUAAGAGACAGAAAAUUAAUUCCAAGCUUCAGUUGCGCUUACGUUUAAAUCAACAAAUGGUAAAUAGCAACAGCAACAAAAACAAGUGUUCUACUGAAACCACCAGCGAUUUUCCAGUAAGUUCUCCUUCAAAUCCCCGAAAACGGGCUGUUCUUCAAAAAACCACAUUGUCCGGAGACGUUUUUGAGCGUAAUCUGGCAUUAUUAACAACGCAAAAACCGCAAAUGUCUUUGGACGAAAAGAUUAACGCCUGGAAAUGUGAUAUUGAUUUCAGUGAGGUGGAAGAUGUGGAUAGUUUUGAUGAUAUUUUCCGAGAACAUGAGGAAUUACAGCAAAGAGUUCUACAAAGCAAGAAAAAUAUGAAUGACACUUUCAACAGUGCACAUUAUAAUUUUAACGUAUUUCGAAAUGAUAUCCUGCCUAGGAUUACUACAACGACUACUUUAAUAGAAAAAGAUGAAAAAACGAAACCUUCUGCUAUUGGUACUUUUUCGGCACAACGUCGUAUGCGAGCAGCUCUCGAAUUUGAGUGCAAAAAUCGUCAACAUCAACAUUUAUUAAGAGGAAGGAAUGCUACGCCUACAUUUACAUCCUCUUCUGAAAAUGAUUUACUUUUCUGUCUUACUUCCAAACAAAAAUCCAACAGCAAUCAUCAAAAGCUACGCCCUAGAAGUUCGGAGCAUGGAAAUCAAGUUCUGAAUGGAAAGUCUUCGUGUGAUAUUUUAGAAUCAAAAGAGACCAUUCGUCGUCAUUCCAAAAUGAUAAUAGGCGGAUAUCCAUCGCAUGUAGCCCGUCGAUCUCGGCCAUCUGCAGAUGAGGAAUCGGUUUUUAAGUUACGCCGCCUGAAUAAAGAAAUUGAUAAAUUUAAUGGAAAGACUGAGACAAAUUCUCGAGGUCUUAUUCAAAUGCGUUUGGAUUUUGCAAUACAAAAUAAAAGUCAACAACUCUAUGAAAAAAGGAGUCAAUUGUUUAAAACGCCUACAUUGCCACGAAAACAGCUGCCGCUACCCGUUCUCACCCAGUUACCGACGCCGAACUCAGCUGCCUUAAACGUAUCUAUAUUAAUGUCAAAGAAUACACAUAGCUUUAAUCCUAGUAAUACGGAUAAAAACGCAGAAUUUCCGCUUCACCAAUCAGAAGACAAUGAGUUACAAACAGAAAUAAUGACUACAUCCCUACAUGAAGCUGAGCAGUCCUAUUCUACACUUUCCCCAACUUCCAAAAACCUUAUAUCCACCAGUACAUGCCAUCAACAACAAGAGUUUUGCAAUUACUUGGGAUUGACCGGCUUGUCCACUGCCAAUGCAGUAGCAAAUGCAGUAGCUGAAUUGGCCAAGUGUAAUUUAACAAGGCGUUCUUUGCGUGUACGCCGUUUGAAGCAACAGGAGAAAAGUGAAAAUAACCAAAAAAUCACAAAUUCAAAAGACUUAACAUUGGACGAUGAGUAUGUACAAUUAACAAUAGGCGAAAGGUUAAAUGCAGCCGAAAUUGUUGAUAAGAAAGAAUCUACUGUGAAUCUCGGGAUGUCAGCAGAUUUAUGGGAUAAAGAGUCUCGGCCUCCAGCGAAUCAAAAAUGCUCUUAUAUCUUAGGAGAAGAGAAUGGAAAAAAUAUUAAAGAACAAGAAAAGAUCGUUUGUAAUGUAUCCUGCGAAGUUCCUAAAAAAUGCGUAGAAGAGGAUACUGUGCAGAUACACAAAAAGCUGCUAUGCCAUUUGAAACGUAAUACGACAAAUUCAAAUGGUACUUCAACAUGUCCCCGCUCUUCGGUUAGUGAUCUUAUUUAUGACUAUGAGAUUAACAGCAAUCCCACACCAAAUGAAUCACAAAAAAACAAUAAUAUAUUAGACACCGAAUAUAGACCUUCACCAACACAGAACAGUGCGUGUUCGUCAUUUAAGAAUACCUUGAUUUCGAAUAGUGUAGAACACCAGAAUUCUAUGAAACGACAGUUACAUAACAAGUUCAAAAAAUAUUUAGAAGCCUCGCGUAAAAUGAAGCCCAGUAUUUACAUUGUAGACACUUUACAUAAUCCUGAACCGCGGCAGGAUUUACAACGUGAAAAUAAUCGAAUGGUGGACGUAGAAGUAGAAACUUUUUCAGCUGAAACAAAAAUACUAAAUACUCAACUUUCAAAUGACACAGAAGUUGUAUGCAUUGAAAAAAGUGAUAAAAAUAUAAAAAUAAAUGGUAUCGAAUCAUUGGAUGCGCAGAAACAAGAAUUGUCAUUACUCUCAAAGCAAAAGAAAAAGAACCGCUUACGAAAAUUAUUGGCUGUCGCCACACCUUGGCAUAAGAUAAAAAAUCAUCGCCAACUUCGAAGCCGUAAAAUAUUGUUGGUAAAAAGAAUAAAAACAGCACCUAAUAAAAUUCAAAAGGCUGCAAAACCAACUGUUAAUAUUGUAAAACCUGAGCAUUGCAGUAUAAUUUCAACAUCCAAAAGUGAUAUAUCUAAAACAAAGAGUACCACAUUGGAAAAAGGAAAGAAUCAAGAUUAUAAAAAAAAAUACAAACGCCUUCAUAAAAGUAGGCUAACAUAUAAAAGCACACCAUCUCCACCCGACACGUCUACUGAAAGUUCAGAAUUGAAAAAAUCAAAUACAGGCAUUUCAUCGCCGAUACAAAAAGUCCAAACUACAUCGACAGGACGACGUCGACUUAGAUCAAAAUCGUUUGUAAUGCUUUCAUCAGUAGAUUUAGCAAACAACAGGAUAGAUAAUACGAAUAUAAAUCCCCCAAUGUGCAACCUUGAUCAUGACACAGUUGUUGUUUCAUCAACAACCAAUAGUUAUGACGAGGCGACGUUACUGAAAUUAAAUAAAAUUGAUAGUCCUAGUCAAAUGUCACACGAGCCUAAAUCGGAUCAUAAUGAUACGUCAUAUGUUAUUCGAACCAAAGAUAGUAGUACCCAAAGUGUUAUUCCCUUGGGUAUUCAUUUCCUCAGUGCUCCCAGUCGUCAAUUAAAUAAUCCUGUGAAAACUGUGAACGGUCCAAUCGAUUAUAUAUAUUAUGAAAUGGAUGUGCUGAUUAUAAUUCAAGAAAGGACCGUUAGCUUUUGGAAGUCUUUUAAACUCAUUAACGUCUUAGCAAAAUCACAAAAUUGCGAAAAAUAUUCUCAUCGAAUAAGUAAUGAAGAUAUGUACCGACCACCAUAUUCUUCAGCUACGGAUGAUACCUCACCUCAAUGGCUGCCUCUAGGAGAGUGUCGACGCCUUUCUGCCGAUAUGGAGAUUUCAACAUCAUACACAAAUCGGAUUUGCAUACACAACUCUAUACCCAUUUACGUUGAAAUGCGUUGCCGAGAGAUACCGCAUGAGAGACGUGAUUGCAGCCUUCUUUCAAUGUACAUUAAUAUAUACUAUUUCAAUGAAGAAGAUAUGGUCGCUAAAACACACUCAAUUCAACUUGAUGCCGUACAGGGUUUGCCUGCCGAUGUCGUGUACACCACAAUAACUGAUUCCCGAUACUUUAUUAUGUCUUGGCCACAGCAAAAUAUAUUGGGCAAACCACGAUCGGGUCUCUGCAAAUAUUCAUUAACACCAAAUCUCGAUACCUUGGCAAGCAUACGUGACUUCAAGGAUAUUAAAUAUUGUGUUCGUUAUCUAGAAUGUACCACAGAUGAUAAACUACUUGGCUUCGGAGAUACACAACUAACGAUAUGGGACCAUCGUAGUGGUGAUGUUUUAAUGAACUAUGACUUUAAUAUGAAGUUGGGUCAAAACUUAGGUUCUAUUUAUUAUCCUAGUCUAGAAAUCGGUCAAAACAGUGUGCUGUUAUUAUUUCAAUAUAAAAAAAAUAUAAGCGAGAAGGAAUAUAAGGCAACAGAAGUUAUAUUUAUUGGUUGUAGUGUAUCACACACAAAUCCGUCACAUCGAGUUCUGCGACGACUGCAAACACCUAGCAUAGCUUUUGAUGAAUUAGAAAACGCAAUUAACACUGGCGAUUAUAUUGUAAUAACUGCAAAAAAUGACGAGGAAAUUUGGAUAAAUAGCUCGGAUGCUACAACGAUAACAAAAGUACCGCCUCAAUCUACUAGGCGAUUUUAUGCUCGGGGAAAAUCACAAAUAAUAGAAUUAACAUGUAAAACUCUUACAGUGGACUCGUUUUCAAAUCAUGUAUUAAAGUUAGCAGCGAAUCCAGCUGUUAAAGAAACAAAGUGUAAUAAGGAGGAGUAAUAUGGUGAUAUAUGUAAAAUAUUUGGGACACCUUUUUUAAGGUGAAAUAAACUGUAAUUAAAUUUCUAUGUUUAACUCCUUAAAAGAUAUUCAGGAAUAUGUUAUUUUUUUUAAUAUACAUUAGUAUUAAUUUUAAAUUGCAGUCAUCUAAAAUUUCAAGUUCACAAAAGUAAUAAUUUUCUCCGCAGCCAAGCUGUAUUUACAAGUAAAUAAAAUGUUACCGAAAAUCGUAAAUUGUGGAAAAAAUAUACGAAAUUCAUUAAAAUA